AUGCCAAAAUCUCCUGCUGCUCUCCUUUUUUUCUCUUCUGCAAGCCACCGAUUUCCUCUGCGCGUCUCGUACGUUCCCAUUUCCGCCGUUCCUCGUCUUGCCGCUCGCACGCAGUUCGCACAGCGCUCUUCAAAGCCCACCGGUAUGCCAACCAAACGAUCUUUCCUCGGGGCCGCCAAGGCCGGAGAAGCGAAGCGAAAUGUCUCUUCGGAGACCAACUCCCGUCAAGCACCAAACUUCAAUGAAAAGGGAACUCAUGCGCACGCGACGCAGAUGGUGGCUUGGCUUAAACACCGAGCAGAAACUCUCGACAAAGAGAGACGGUCCCUCGCGGACCAGCAGCAAGCCCUGGAAACAAAGAUCCAGCGAGAUAUCGACGCCGCUGCCACGUGGCUGACAGCGCUUCUGGGUCAGAAAUGGCAGAUAAAGGCAGAUGAACUUGCGGCCAAGACGGCCGAGCCCUCCUCGAUCGAGGAACGUUUUGAAGAAGCCCUUCGAAAAAAGAAGGAGACCCAGCCUGAGACCAGCGCCGACGCCGACGCCAACGCCAACGCCAACGAUGACGCCGACGAUGACGCUGACGCCAACACCAACGAUGACCUUAUAAGCUUAUAA